ACAUGUGCAAAGCUGCUUCGUUUUUUAUUGUCUGCAUUUCAUCGCAGAGUCACAUUUCCCACCUGUCACCACAAGGGGUAUGCAGGACACAUUGUGAACGUGAAGCUUCAGUAACCAAGCUGAUCAGGGGAGCACUCUGACAGUUUAGCCCUGAGUGAGUGUGUGUGAAACUGGAGAGAUUUUUGCUGCCACAGAAAUAAAACUGUUUGCACUGCUGGUAUUAGUAGCAGCAGCAGCAGCAGCUCUAGAAGUGUGUGUCUUUGAAAAGAAGAUCCAGAUAGCAUUGUCUGAGUUGUAUGUCGACUGGAAAUCACAGACAAGAGGAAGAAGCAAAGGGCAAGCGCUGAGGCACAAGUGCUGAGCAGCUGCAUUGGUAGAAUCUGGUACUUUUCUGUGCUCUUGUGGAUACAAGGAUGGAUUUUGUCCCACCAAUCUUCUUCAGCCUGAUAAUGCACUUUAAUAACAAGAUCACAACAGUGACGGGGACUAAAUAUGAAUGUGAUGGUCCACUGGCAUCUUCUCUGCCUCCGUCCUCCUUCAGCAGUUCAUCAGAACUUUCUAUUACUCAUAGUGCAGGCUUUGCUAGGCUAAAUAGGAGAGAUGGGGCUGGAGGGUGGUCUCCUCGUGUUUCCGAUAAGUACCAGUGGCUUCAGAUUGAUCUAGGAGAAAGGACUGAGAUCACUGCAAUUGCAAUGCAGGGCAAAUAUGGAAGCUCAGACUGGGUAACAAGCUAUCUCCUAACGUUCAGUGACACUGGAAGAAACUGGAAGAAAUAUCAUCAAGAGGAAGGAAUUGCGGCAUUUAUAGGAAACACAAAUGCUGACAGUGUUGUUCACUACAAGCUUCAGAACCACAUAAGAGCAAGAUACCUGCGCUUUAACCCAUUGGAUUGGAAUGUGAAAGGCAGGAUAGGAAUGAGAGUAGAAGUUUACGGGUGUACAUACAGAUCGGACAUUAUUUAUCUUGAUGGUAAAAGCUCCAUAUUGUACCGUUUUCAUCAAAAAUCAAUGAGCACAACAAAAGACGUGAUUUCUGUUAAGUUUAAGACUAUGCAAAGUGACGGUGUUUUACUUUAUGGGGAAGGACAGAAUGGAGAUCAUAUUGCAUUGGAAUUAGUAAAAGGAAGACUUUGCUUAAUUAUUCAUCUAGGAAAUCUACAAUUUCAUACUGCAAAACCUCAUGUUAAUGUCUCUUUGGGAAGUUUGCUAGAUGACCAGCAAUGGCAUUCAACUGUCAUAGAACGUUUUGGCAGACAAGUAAAUUUCACUGUUGACAGACAUGUGCAUAAUUUCUUCAUGAAGGGAGAUAUCUCCUAUUUGGACAUCGAUUAUGAGCUUAGCUUUGGAGGGAUUGCAUCACAAGGAAAAUCAGCAUCAUUGCUAAAGAAAAACUUCCAUGGAUGCUUUGAAAAUCUUUUUUAUAAUGGUGGGAACAUAAUUGACUUGGCCAGGAGAUAUAAACCUGUGAUCUACAUUGAGGGGAAUGUCUCAUUCUCUUGUAUAGAGCUCCCAACUGUCCCAGUUACAUUUCUUAAUUCAAACAGCUAUUUGAUCUUGCCUGGAUUACCACUGCAAGAAGAGGUAACAAUCACUUUUCAUUUCCGGACCUGGAACAAGAAAGGAAGUUUAUUUGCCACUAGACUUAGCUCUGCUCCAUUUGAGUUUACUUUGUAUAUGGAAGAUGGAACACUUAAAAUGAGCCUAUUCAAACGUAAAAAAUUGUAUUUGGACACUGCUACAGGGUUUAAAUUGAACAAUGGACAGUGGCAUUACAUUUCUCUUGUGGCAAAAAGAAACCGCGUGAGUCUUACAAUAGACAAUGAUGCAUCCUCAAGCUUGUAUAUGAGCUUACCAUUUCAAGUGUCAUCUGCUGAAAACUACUAUUUUGGAGGUUGUCCCAACAACACUGAUCAUGAAUGUAUAAAACCUGUUGACAGUUUUUUUGGAUGCAUGAAAUUAAUUUAUAUUGGCUCUAAGUUGGUGGACCUAAUUUCAGUACAGCAAAGUUUGCUUGGCAAUUUUAGUGAGCUACAAAUAGAUUUAUGUGGCAUCAUUGACAGAUGUUUUCCAAAUUACUGUGAACAUGGAGGAAAAUGCUCACAAACAUGGAGUGAUUUUCACUGUAAUUGCUCAGAUACAGGAUAUACAGGAGCAACUUGCCAUUAUCCUAUUUAUGAACAAUCAUGUGAAGCAUAUAAGCAUAAAGGAAACUCAUCUGCAUUCUACUAUGUUGAUUCUGAUGGGAGUGGCUUUCUAGAACCAUUCAUGGUAUACUGUAAUAUGACAGACACAGCAAUAAGUAUAUUACAUCACAACAACACAGACCUGAACAAGGUGAAGAGCUCAAAUCGGGAAAACCCCCAUACAACAAAUUUCAAGUACUCUGCUGGUAUGGAGCAGCUCCAGGCGACAAUUAACAAUUCCGUGCACUGCAAACAGGAAAUUGCUUACCACUGUAAAAAAUCUCGAAUUCAGCAUAAGCAAAGCAACACCCCUUUCAGUUGGUGGGUUGGACGUACUAAUCAGACUAAUGCUUAUUGGAGUGGCUCGUCACCAGAUGUAACAAAAUGUGCAUGCGGCCUUGAAGGAAAUUGUAUUGAUUCACAAGUUUACUGCAAUUGUGAUGCCGACAAAAGUGAAUGGUCAAGUGACAUUGGAUCCCUCUCAAAUAAAGAUCAUCUACCAGUUACACAAAUUGUGAUUACUGAUACAGACAGACCACACUCAGAAGCUGCAUAUAAACUUGGUCCUUUGCUCUGUUGGGGAGAUAGAAGUUUUUGGAAUGCAGCUUCCUUUAACACUGUAUCAUCUUAUCUGCAUUUCCCUACCUUUGAUGGUGAAUUUAGUGCAGAUGUUUCUUUUUUCUUCAAAACUGCAUCGCCAUCUGGACUGUUCUUGGAAAAUCUUGGAAUUAAAGAUUUUAUUCGUAUAGAGCUGGAAUCUCCAACAGAUGUGGUGUUUUCAUUUGAUGUUGGGAAUGGUCCUAUAGAGGUUAGAGUGCACUCCCCAUAUCAUUUAAAUGACAGCCAAUGGCAUUUCGUGAAGGCAGAGAGAAACAUAAAAGAAGCCUCACUUCAACUGGAUAAUCUACCCCAAAAAACAUAUGUUACCGCCUCUGAUGGGCACAUACGGCUGCAGCUUUAUAGUCAGCUAUUUAUAGGUGGGACACCUUCAAGACAGAAAGGAUUUUUAGGAUGUAUUCGAUCUUUAAAGUUAAAUGGCAUAGCUAUUGAUUUGGAAGAAAGAGCUAAAGUUACACCAGGGAUCAAACCAGGAUGCCCUGGACACUGCAGCAGUUAUGGGAGCUUAUGUCAUAAUGGAGGAAAAUGUGUUGAAAAGCAAAAUGGUUUCUUAUGCGAUUGCAGUUUGUCAUCAUAUACUGGAGCUUUCUGUAAAAAAGAAAUCUCAGCAUAUUUUGAAGCAGAAUCAUCAAUAGUGUAUAAUGUGCAAGAAAAUUAUACCAUGUCCAAAAAUUCAAGUUUGCAUACAUCUUCUCUUUACAUGGACACAACGUCAAGUGAGAGCAUUGCUUUUAAUUUUAGGACAACUCAAACACCAAGUUUGUUACUUUUUGUGAGAUCUUUUAAUAAGCAAUAUAUUUCAAUGAUCAUCUCAAAAAACGGAAGUUUGCAAAUUAGGUACAAACUGGAUUAUCACCAUGAUCCUGAUGUUUUCACUCUCAAUUAUAAAAAUGUAGCUGAUGGUCAUCUGCAAAGAAUGAAGAUUUUCAGAAAAGAGGAGAUUCUGUCUGUAGAGGUUAACCAGUUUGCAAAUGAAAAAUUUAUUCUCACAACUGGUAAACAGUUCAAUGCAGUCCAUUCCGUUAUGCUUGGUAAAAUAUCAGGCCAGGAUAUUGAUAUUGAUCAAGCAACCAUUAAAGCCAAUGCUAAUGGAUUCAUUGGGUGUCUCUCAGCUGUGCAUUUUAAUAACAUUUUUCCACUAAAGCUUGCAUUCCAAAAUAAUCAUACUUAUGAAAUCAUCAAAAAGGGACAUGUUUCAGAAUCCAGUUGUGGGUCCUUAAAUGGAGAAGAUGGAACAUCUGGUGAAACAACCCAUUCAUUUUCUGAUCAUUCAGGACCAAUGGAUAAUGGAGAGCCUUCAUCAAAUGUGUUGAAAAGUGGAUUUGCUCUUAUUGGAGGUUUAAUAUCUGUUGCUGUAUUCAUAUUAUUAUGCAUCACUGCCAUAGCAGUAAGAAUUUAUCUCCAGAAGAAUACAUAUAAGAAAAAUGAUGCCAAAGAAUCAGAAAAUGAAGACAAUGUAGAGGCAGCAGCAGUGCUGAAAGCAGCAAUCAGUAUGCAAAAUACAAUCAAUGAAAGUCAAAAAGAAUAUUUUUUCUAAUGUGUUUUCAUUGUGCAGUCAAACAAUGUGACAGACUUUCUUGCUAAGCAAGGGGCACUAACCGAACAACAAAAUCAAAACAAUAGAUAUGCACUGCAAACAGACAAUGGACUAGACCUGUGUUAAACUGCAUAUGAUCAGUUACAGUGAUCGAUUAAAAAGGCCUCUACAAAAUGGACAAACAUUUCUUUGGAUUAAUAAAAAACAUUCUCCUUGAGAGUAAUCACUGUAUAGUAAACUCUUUAAUUGUUGGUAGUUUCAGAUUGUUUUGAUGUGACUUUUCAAACCUGAAUAAAUCCAUAUUGAAUUAUUAAUUCCAGACUAUUCUAAAGUUGAAGCUAUUAAUUAUGUCUGUGUGAUUGAAAUACUUUGUUAAUGGUAACAUCUGAACUGUAAUAUCUUGUUUUCAAAGAAAGGUUAUAUAGUGUUUUAUAUUGUGGUCUUAAGUUUCUGGCACAGUACCAGAUAUGACACUUUACAUUAUUUGGUCCACAUGAGUGAUUAAAAUGUUCAGUAAAAUAUUAUUUUCUUAGAAAGAAAUACCUACUAUUCCAAACUAUGGGUAAGAAAACAUAGAAAGCAGAAACAACGCUAAAAACAUAUCUAUCUUGUUAGUAUGAUACAAUGCUAAAAGCAUGUUUAUCAUGUUAGUAUGAUAAUUAUUUAUUUUUUCCAAAUAAAGGUAUGCAAAAGCCCAUCAAAUUCUAAAACAAAUGCUACAAUUAAAUAAACCAUACUCAAUGAAAACCUUUUCUUUCAAUUCUGUUUGAAAAUUCUGAAAAUAUAUAUUUCUAUAGAUUAAAAGAACAAAUUGCAUGUUAUAUUUUAUUUUAACCAUUUUAGCAGAUUUCCAUCCUAUUUCCACUUUUAGAAAACUUAAAAAAAAAAACAGGAGAAAAAAAGAGAAUUAUGUUUUUCUGUGGCACUCUGGACUCACAAAAAACAAGUACAUAUAAAACAUACACAUAAAAUUUAAUAUAUGAAUAAAUAUCCAAUGUUGGUCAGCGCUUCUGUACUAGGGAUGGGCAUCGGAAUCCGAUGGUUAGCAAUUAUCAAUGUUUUAAAUAUGAUAGAACUACUUUUUCCAUCAAAUUGGUUGCCAGCCAUCGGAUCCAGCUUUCCGAUGCCCAUCUGAUAGCUGGCUAUUCUUUUUUCAUCUGCGGACACCCGGAAGUGGUGUCUGUAGCUCAGCUAGUGUGCAUGCAUGAAGCCAUGACUGCUUCUGCGCAUGUGCAAAGAAUAAGCAUCACAAUUGUAUUACCAUCAGUUGGUUGCGAUGUGAUGGCUAGUGCCAUCACAUCGCUCAAUUUGAUGUCAGAAGCCCGGCAACCAUACGAUGCCAGGCUUCCAAUGUACAUCCUUAGUGUGUAAUCUAUAUCAGUGUCAAAGGCAUAUAGUCACAAAAGGUUUUAUAAUUGUAUCACUCUCGUAGAUGUAAUCUAACCUGAAAAGGUCACAGCACUUCAGGACAUAGAAAUUCACUUUUUAUAAAGGGAGA